AGGCUUGUCGACGUAUUUCGUUUCCGUCAUUAUGAAGUAUAGGAUACGACAUUCGUCCGCCUUGUUGGUCAUUAUCCUGCUGGUGCUUGGUUUACUGCUACCCUUUCCCGGAAUGGCAAUGACCAUGGAUCAGUUCAUGAGCUCGCUGGAUAUGAUGCGCAAUGGAUGUGCGCCCAAAUUUAAAAUUAGUGUUGAAGAUCUCGAUCGCCUGCGCGUAGGUGAUUUGAAUUUUGAGCCUUCGCACGAUUUAAUGUGCUAUACAAAAUGUAUAUCCCUGAUGGUUGGCACGGUUAAUAAAAAAGGAGAGUUCAACGCCGCAAAGGCGCUGGCCCAGCUCCCCUAUUUGGUUCCGACGGAAAUGAUGGAUAUGUCCAAGAGGUCGGUGGUGGCCUGCAAGGAUGCGCAUAAAGCAUUCAAGGAGCCUUGCGAAAGGGUUUACCAAACAACCAAGUGCCUGGCUGAAAAUGGCGAAGGAUUAUUUAGAUGGCCUUAGGUUAACAGGAAUUGGUUGUUGCAUAAUAUGAUUCAAAAAAGCCAUCAUAGUGGCAUCUUCCAAUCAAUAAGAGCUAAUAAAUUAACUUCUUACAUCCUA